AUGUGGGCGCGUCGUUGGAAUGACGUCACGCGCCGUUUGCCGCGCACACGCCGCCUCGCGCCGUUCGGGGUUCGCGACGCGUCGGGUCUGAGACAAACCAGCACGACCGACACACCGGACACUCUUGCAUAUGCUCAAGAGUACCUACUCAAGCUCAGCUUGACUACUCUCAUCUCCGACUUUCCAAGCUCGACGUGUGCGCGACCGUGGCAAAUGUCACUAGACACCCUUGAAGUGGUAGAUGCCCAGCUGGAAGCAGCUGAAGCCAAGCUUCUGGCUCUUCGGCGCCAGAAGAACGCCAUGUCUCCUACGCACCACCUUCCUCCAGAGGUGCUCCUGCGCAUCUUGUGCUACGCCUCCGACGACAUCCUCAACGGCUACCAACGCACGCUCUUUGUAUCUCGUCUUCCAUCAUGGAUCAAGGUGACGCAGGUCUGCCAUUUUUGGCGGGAGGUAGCCCUCUCUGCUCCGACGUAUUGGGCGGACAUUGCUCUCCACACACCGAGCUGGAUGCGCGAGACUCUCGCACGUUCGAAAUCUGCGCUCAUACGACUCAGCUACGUCUCCUUGAGCUACAAGGAAUACGUACUCGAACCGCUCAAGCAGCUCGAACGCGUCAGCGACCUCACGCUCAUGCAAGAUAACAUCCGUGAUUGGUACCUCCCAUUGAUCCGCGAUCAACCUGCCCCGAACUUGCGCAUGCUGCAUGGAUCGACUUGGGCGACGACAAUAUCUUUGCCGGAGAACUUCCGCGCCUUCAUACUCUCGACUUGUCGAUGGUCAAGCUAUCAGGCAGACGCUGGCAACUCAGACUCUGCUCCUGCUGCCCCUCCUGCACCGGUCUACUCCGGCGACCCUGUCUCUUUACCCACGCUCCUCAACCUCGUUAUAUAUGAUAAGAACGUGCGCAACAUAUCCGCGUUCAUGUCGAACAUCAAGCUUUCAUCGGCGGCGGCCGUCAACCUCAAGGCGGCGACCUCCCGCAUUUCCGACGAUGCUGCCACGCUCGAACCCAUGCACAAGCAUCUUCUUGACGCGGCUUCCCUUCAUACUCAUGAGCACGAUAUCGGGCGCGAGGACAUCACACCCUUCAGCGACCUUUAUUGGGCCGGCGAUGCAGACGAGUCCAUCGCGUUCCAGACGAGCUCGGUCCUGACUCUCAGCAUUAUAUCGCCCGAGGCCGACAACGAGUUCUCAUUCUCCCGCAAGCCCAAUCUCGACCAAUUUACCCCGUCCAAGGGCAGGGAGCCAGUACACUACGGUGCUCAACUCGGCUUCUCCAGCCCCGAGCUCUCAAAGGGCGUCGAUCUCAUCGCGGACGUGUUCUCCCGUUACCCGACCACCCCCGCCAAUCUCACGCGUCUUUCGAUCGAGAACAUUGACUUGAGCGAGGAGCAGUGGCGCGAGACGUUUGUAUCGUGCAAGAACAUACUCAGGGUCACAGCCCAGAGCGACACUGCUGCCACGCUCAUCCGCGCACUCUUCAUCUACGACGACGACCAAGUGCACGACGCCGUGCCUUUCCCGCGUUUGUGGCACCUCGCGCUCGCUCGACUUGAUCUACGCACAUUCCGCACCGUCGAAGAGGGGAGUUCAACUCUGUUAGAGCUCUAUCUCACUCUCGUUAGGCGAGGGCAGCGUGGCAUUCCCGUCGGAGGCCUGAAGAUAAAGGGGUGCGAUGUUGAUGUCGAGCACCUCGAGACAAUGAUCAGGCCUUACCUCUUGCGGCGGGUCAUCGCUUGGGACAAAGACGUCGACGGGCUCACGGGGCGCGAAACGCAGUACGAGGACGAUGCCGAAGAUGACGACGAAGGGGAUAGUGACGUUGACAUGGACAACUAA